AUCCUCACGACUCCCAUAUACCGUUGUUAAAUGUUUAAAACACGGUUAGGAUAUUUGGAUGUUAUGUGAUAAAGGUGUGCCGUUUUCUCCACUAUAAAACGUUUUCAAAGAGGGCGCCGCAUAUGGCACUUAGCAGGGGGGAAUAAAAUUUAAUUUAAAUAGAACCCGUUUAGCCUCUCCCAUAUGGCUUGAAAUGGUGUUUUAAUGUAAUAUAUUGAACGGUAAAAUAUCAGCAUUGUUAUCGAAGUCUUACACUUCGAAUUGAAUUUUACUUGUAAGUGCUGCAAACGUUUAUAGCCAUAGUAAUACACAUCAGUAUCGUAUUGUACUGGGGUCAGAAUGUAGCACCUAAAUCCAUUUUCCUGAAUGUGUUUAAACAUUAAACAAAGCUCUUAUAGAGUCGCGGGCCACGUUUAUAUAAUUCUGUAAACAUUCUUUGUUUACAACAAGGGAAAAAUAAAGAAAAUAAAAACAUGUUCCAUCUUACCUCAUACUACAAUAGUUUAAGUUUAACCCUAUAUAUAGCACUAAGCUUAUUAUAGUUUAAAUCGCUCUUAAUGACAAUUUUCUGAUAAAUAUACUGUAGAAUAUUUAACGCGAAGAUCCUUACACACACUAUGGUACAAAAUUAAAUGAACCGGCAUUUUAAGUUUAAACUAUACCAUGUGCUAAAAAUAUCGCUUAAAAUAAAAAUAAUUCUCUAAUAUUCAGCGUGUGCGAGUUUGCUUUUCCAAAAUGACAAGAGAACAUAUAUGUCUUGAAGUCCAAAAAAUUCUUGGUUGCUUUUUUUUUUCUGGUGAAACAUUUUUGAAAAGCAUGUUGGCACCAUAAUACACACUGUUAGUGCUGGCACAAAAGUAUUUUGCAACAUUUUUUCAAGAAUUUAUUGCAUUUUCGAUCUAACAUACGCCUGACAACUUUAUCUUAAUAUACAGCACCAGCCAUGCGAUAACAUAAAUAGCAUUCUUCGCUCUUCUGUAUAUCUUGCCAUCGUGUGCGUCAGAGACAGUGAUACGAUUCGGGAUGUUAAUUCACUGCCCGGUCGAUAUACAGAAUAAUUUUGCAAAUCGAAUCGAUUCGUUUUCGACCGUUCACUUAAGCGGCGACAACGAAAUUAAUUUUUGAUGAAUCGCCAGUUUCUUGCUCGUGUUUUAGAUAAUGGUGUUGGCUUUUCAGGAGCAUUUAUUAUUUCCGCAUGAGUUAAGGUGUGGACGCAUCAAGGUUAUCGAUUUUGUAAGCCCGCAGCCACACGGGUUCGUCAGGUGCAUUCCCAAUUGGAAAACGAUCUUAAUGUUCAUAGACUAAUUGGCCGCAACAUGUCCAUAGGGAAAAGACAGUGGCAUCGUCGUAAUGAAAAUGAACGUGGUUAGAUAGGUUAAGUUCACAGCCAAGGGCAGGCAGUGCGAGCAUAUGUGUAUUCUCUUUCUUUUACAUGACUCACGCAUGUAGAUUUAGUGGUUUGCCCACGACGUUAAUUAUCUGAGCUUAAGUUAGUUAUAUGGAUAAAAUAGCGUUUUUAGUAUUUGUGUUCUGCAUUCAAAUCGCCUUAGCUGCAAGUCGCAGGGACGGCAACUAUUGUCCGUCCAGAUGUAUAUGCAAACUAAAACAAUCCAUCGUGUACGUUGGUUGUUCAAGACGAGGCUAUAAAAUUAUGCCGGACCAAAUACCAUCAAACGUCACCGACCUAAAUUUCCAAUUGAACAGCCUUAAAAACUUAACUUCUUCGGCACUUUCCCGUUUUAACCGGUUGGAACAUGCUAUAUUUGACAACAACCAAAUUAACUACAUUGAAGCGAACGCGUUUCACGGCUUGGUUCGUCUAACAAGAUUGGAUCUAUCUGGAAACGAGCUGAAAACUUUUCCCUGGAAUUCUUUAUUCCGGCUACCAAGCCUUCUCUUGUUGAAUUUGGACCAUAACCAACUUGAGACAUUACCGUCAGAUAACAGAACGCUGACUCGACUCAAUGACCUGAAAUCAUUAAGUCUAUACAGCAAUUCAUUUACCUGCUCGUGCAAAUUAGUUCUCUUUAGCAAAUGGCUCUUUACCAGGUCCAUGGAGAAUUCAGUAAAUAUUCCGAAAUCUGACGACCUUGAAUGUGAAUCUAAGUUGGCUUGGCUAAGCUUCUCUCUACAAGAGCUUUUUCGGAUUUCGACAAAACAGGCUACUUGCCAAAUUCCAAGUUUAGAGCUUCGAGCCAAUUUUAUGAACACUUCGAUGACGGUAAACAGGCGCUCUGUAAUAAACGCCACUGUGGAAUUGGGAGAAUAUGUGUCGUUGGCUUGUGAACACCCUACCACCGAGAACGGAACUAUCAGCAAAUCGGUUUUUCUUCAGUUUCAUCAAAAUGACCAUGUACAGAUUUCGGAAUUGAACAUUGCGAAUGUUACCUGGUCAAAUGAAAGUACGUACAGCAUUUCUGGCAUCGAACCUUUACACCACAAGUCUAUCUUUCUUUGCGCAGUUGAGAGUUAUGCUGGCACAGUGGUAAAGGGAAUUCAACUCUUUAUACCAGAAUUACUUCGACGCCUUACUCCAAGUCAAGAGAGCAAGAAAAUUGGAGAAAUGGUUAAAUUGGAAAACUCCAUGAAAAACAUAACUGCUACACAACAAACUCGCAUACAAUCUUUCACUCCUAAUUCCACGCUGGCCCAUUCAGAAAUAUCUAGAUGUGGGGAAACACCGGGCGUACCGAUAUCUUUUUUGAAACCUACGAAUACCUCACCCGUUACUUACGAAUUCCAAAUGGGAGAUCGUUUUGGGACGUUAGUGCAGAAUAAAGCGCGAGGUACAAUAGAUGUUUCACUCAACGAAGCAUCUGUCAUAAGAGACUCGUUGUACAUAUGUCACACACAUGGGCCCCGAAUCCUACACCGUUGGUCUUAUAUAUCUGAUUCGAACACAGAAGUUACUAUCCAAGUACAAUCAAGCAGUGCUGUGUUCAUCGUGUGUUUAUCUCUUGGCUCUCAAUCUGAAGAGGUAUGCGGCAACUUUACGGUUGUUCCGAAUCGUGGUGGCAAUAUUAUGGUAAUGGUAAUAGUCGGUGCAGCGCUAAUGGGGUUUGGUACCAUACCGUUACUCGUCGCUGCUUCACAACAUGCAUGGCAUUCUAGACAGGAAAUAGCUGCGGCAAGGUAUCGUCGCACCAAACCACUUUUAGCAAAACCAUUAAAACACCAGAUAUCUAAACAAGCGUCCUCAGAAAAACGAUCAAAAGGAAUUAAUUUUAACGACGAUCAUGGAGUUACAGAAGAUCAUCGGUCGUUAUCAAAGUUGUCACCGGCUCCGUUGCGUCACUUUUCUGGACCUAAGUUGAUCAAAUCUCAUUCAAAUGCUGAUCAAACACGUUCAAAGACUCGAAUCGGUUUAACUGCUAAAUCAGCCUGCAGUUUUCAUUCAGAAUUACACCAGGCCAGUGAAAAGGAUGCAAUGUUAGCGGAACCUGAAGAUAACGGACGAAAUGAAGGGGUACAAAGAUGGCUUAAUCAAGUCGAACUGGAAAAUUGGAGCGAGGCAAGCCAGCGAGACGCAUAUGUUGCAGACGGACAUUCAGUUACCGGAGAAUUUUUUGAUGACAGGCUCAACGAAGUUUGA